AUGUCUGAGGGCCGCAAUACCUUUUUCCGCGCUCACCUGAACCUUGGCUUCGAGCCCGAUGUGCCGGAGGGCAUCAACUCCCUCCCAGAGCUCGUCGCGUUCAACGCAAAGCAGAACCCAGAUCACGUCUUUGGCCUUCAGCUGCGCUCUGGAGAGACAUCUCUAGCGCGUCAAAUCACUUUUGCAGAGCUCUCUUCGGCUGUCGAGCGUGCUGCUGGAUGGCUCGUCAAAUCCUGUGUAACGACAGGCCGCUCCUUGCGCUCGGAUAAAGUGGCGCCUGUUGCCAUCUUGCUUGGGAGCGACAUCGGCAUCUUCAUCUACAUGUGUGCGCUACUCCGCAUCGGUACUCCGGUGCUACUCUUAUCCGCUCGCUUAACUCCGGUCGCAAUCGUCCACCUCCUCAAGGCAACUUCGCCGUCGACAGUUUUGACUUCGCCUCACGUUGCGCGCUCCGUGAAGGAGUCUCUCGCGCUACUCGAGGACGUUUCCAAUAAACCGGGCUUCGUCCAGGCGCUUACUGUGGAUGAUUUCCUCGAUGGCGCGCAUGCCGAACUUCAAGAUCUUAGCAUCCCUUCCACCUAUCGCGACUUCCACUAUAACGACCGUGACGCAUUUAUCAUGCACUCAAGUGGCACUACUGGUCUUCCCAAGCCCAUCUAUCACGCUCAAGUGUAUGGGCUUAUAUACGCCGCUUGUCAUCGACUCCCCGAGGACAAAGCACCUUUUCAGUGGAAUGCAUCCACUCUACCUCUUUACCACGGAUUUGGCCUUCUUGCGCCUUGUCUUGCAUUGUCGAUCGGAUUGCCUUUCAUCUUGCCAGCCGCAUCGACAAUCCCCACGGCGCGUUCCACGUUGAAGCAACUCACGUCUUUCGAUGUACGUUCCUUGCUCACGGUCCCAUCCAUCAUCGAAGAUAUCGUGGGCGAGGGCGAACAGGGCAUUCAGGCCCUCCAGCGACUCGACUUUGUUGCGGUCGGUGGCGCCGCCAUGGGCUCCGCGGUCGCUGAGAAACUAGUCUCUCAUGGCAUCAAGCUCCUCAAUCACUGGGGUGCCACUGAAAUAGGCGCCAUCGCUCCGAUCGAACUCCCACCUGAUGGUUACGACGUUCAUUACUUGAAGCCGCGAGAGGACAUCGGUCUUUUGUUCCACCCAGUGGACGAAACAGACCGUCACUUCCAGUUGACCGCCCGCCCUGCGGGCUGGGACAAAGACUUCGUCGUACAAGAUCUGCUUGAACGGCAUCCCCACGACACUUCACAAUACAAGAUCCUUGGCCGCGUUGACGACCUCAUUGUCCUUGGGACCGGCGAGAAGGUUCGCCCCACGGGCAUUGAGACAGCUGUCGCGGAGCAUCCCAACGUGCGGGGCGCGCUUGCUUUUGGUGAUGGCAUGGCAUCGUUGGGUCUCAUCGUCGAGCUCGCCGGCGGCGACGUCGGGGUACCCCGCGAAGAUGUGCUUACCACUCUCGACCCGUAUCUGGAGCGUGGUAACGCCCUCAUGGACAAGCACGCCAAGGUUUCGCGCGACAUGCUCGUGCUUACCUACGCCGAUACGAGACCUCUUCAACGCACGGACAAGGGAUCGUUAUCCCGCAAGGCCAUCUUCGCAGCGUUUGACGAGGAAAUCAAGAACGCGUACGCGUACGCCGAAGCUGCCAGCGCCGUACCACUUCCUUCGCGCGACGAUCCUUCGGCGCUCAGACACGCCUUGCGCGACAUCGUCGGCAAGGCAUUAGGUCUCGAGAGCCUUGACGAACUUGACGAUGCAGCGGACUUCUUCGAGGCGGGUAUGGACAGUCUUCAAGCCACACGGAUACGGCAAACUCUCGUCAGCGGGUUGCGCGUCACACCCGGUCUUGCUCAUCCUGUCGCCGAUCUUCAGCGAGACUUUGUGUUCCAGAACCCAUCCGUGAACAGCCUUCUUGCGGCAGUGCAGAACGUCAUGGACGGACUGGAUACCCCCUCCGCACAGAACCGCGAAGCGGCGCGCCUUGAGGCGAUGCACGCCGCCGUCAAGAAACAUACGAGCCAGCUCUGCUCAUUCGCCGAUGAUGCCUUGGAUGCUCGUUCGGCUCGCGCUCAGACCACGCCAAAGCACCGCGAUGAUUGCAUCGUGCUCCUCACCGGGGCUUCGGGUAGUCUCGGCUGUCAACUCCUUGGCCGUUUAGCCGCCGAUCCCGCUGUGACCAAGAUCAUCUGUCUCAACCGCGGGGCGCUCGCGGCACGCCAGCGGCAGAUGGACGCCAUGAAGGAGCGCUGUGUCGUACUCGGAGAUGAAGUAUGGAAGGAUAAGAUCACCGUCAUCGGCUGCGACACCAGCAAGCCAUACCUCGGUAUCUCAGCGGAAAGAUAUGAUGAACUCCUCUCCAUCACUCACAUAAUACACAAUGCCUGGCCCGUUAACUUCGACCGCACUCUCGCCUCGUUUGAGGCCUCUAUCAGAACGCUUGAUAACCUCGUGCAACUCGCUUUGCUCAGCGGUGCUCGCAACGCUCAUGAUCACCGCCCGCGACGCAUUCUUUUCGCUUCCUCGAUCGCUGUCGCCGGCCGUUACCCCAUUAUCAACCCGGACAACAGUGUUGUUCCCGAAGCACCGCUUGACCCACGUGCGACGGCAGAGUUUGGUUAUCCCGAGGCGAAGUGGGUCUGCGAACAAGUUGCUCUGGAGGCCAAUCGCCUUUUUGGUGGCGAGCAGCCCCUCAUCCAAGCUGCGAGCGUGCGCAUCGGGCAGAUGACGGGAGCGGAGGGCUCGGGUGCAUGGAACGCCAGUGAACAUUUCCCUAUCAUCGUCGCUACUUGCCAGAAGCUGCAGGCAAUCCCGGAGAUAAACGGUACGUUGUCGUGGAUGCCCGUGAACCGGGCAGCAUCCGUCGUCGCCGAAUGCCUCUUUACCGAGGACUUCGCUCCCAUAUAUCACCUGGAGAACCCCGCACGCCAAGAAUGGUCGAGCGUUCUACAGGACCUCUCCGAGCUGCUCGGAGGUGUGCCUUCCGUGCCGUUUGCUGAGUGGCUCGAGCGUGUCCGUGCGUUGGGCGCCGACCCGCAGGAGAACCCCGCAGCUAAGGUCAUCGAAUUCCUCGAGCGCGAUUUCCUGCGUAUGGCCUCCGGUACCGUGAUCCUCGGCACUGAGAAGACUUGCAUCGCGUCUCCGGCUCUGGCUACAUCCAGACCUAUCGGCAGACGUCAUCUGGAGGAGUAUGUGUCCUACUGGAAGGGUGUUGGGGCGAUGAAGGCUUGA